CAAAAUACUCGAUGUUAGUCGUAGUAGGUACGACAAACCGGCUGAUUGGAGGAGACUCCUACUCCGUGGACAGCAUCCUCAUUCAUGAGAAGUAUGACAGUUCUGAGAUUAGGAAUGACGUCAGCCUCAUCAAGGUUAGCCGGGACAUCAAGUUUAGUGACGUCGUACAACCUAUUGAACUUCCAGUUGAAGAUACAGGCGCUGGAGUAGACCUGUUCCUUAGUGGUUGGGGAAGACUUUCUUACCCUGGCUCGCUGCCCGUGCAGCUGCAGAUGAUCAACCUAACUUCCCUGAGCGUGGAACAAUGCCAGGGUGUCUACCAGAACAUCAACCCAGUCUUCAGCUCACAGAUCUGUUCGCUCACCAAAUCCGGAGAAGGAGCUUGUCAUGGUGACUCCGGCGGCCCUUUAGUAGCUGACGGCAAGGUGGUUGGAAUAGUAUCGUGGGGCAUGCCCUGUGCCCGCGGCUACCCAGACGUGUACACCAGAGUCUAUUCAUUCCUUGACUGGAUCCAACCCAAGAUUAGCUUGGAAUAAAUUCCAGUACCAGGUACAAGGUAAAAAGGAUUUUGAUGUAAUCAUCUUUAGGUCCUUUUUAAAUAACUUUGCCAUUAUAAGAAUAAUGUUUUUAUACUCGAAUGUACUAAUGAAUUGACA